GGAGCCGUUUGCAGACGGAACCGGAAACGUGGCCAAUCACAACUUCCACACACAUGUGUCGGAGAGUUUCGGGCUUGUUGCUUACCGUCUUAUUGCAUUUCAUUAUCAAGUUGACAUUAAUAUAUUUAGUGCGAAUAACAGUCUGACCUGAAACCCGGAAAGGCGUCGUCGCUAAGAUGGCGGAGAUCGUUCAGCAUCGCAUUGAGGAGAGGAUCCCUGAGUUGGAGCAGCUGGAGAGAGUGGGACUGUUCACCAAGAAAGAAGUCAAAUCCAUAAUCAAGAGAGCAACGGCUCUGGAGUACAAGCUUCACAGGUUGGUCGUAAACAAAGAGGACUUCAUUGCAUACAUUCAGUAUGAAAUCAACGUUUUAGAGCUGACCAAGAAGAGAAGAGCGCACAUCCACUACCAGUUCAAAAGAGAGGAGAUCGAGUUCCCCGUCAUCCACAGGAUAAAUAGUGUCUUCAGGAGAGCAACCAACAAGUGGAAGGACGAUGUGCAGCUCUGGCUCUCGCAUGUGGCUUUCUGUAAGAAAUGGGCCACCAAAGGGCAAAUCAGCAAGGUGUUCUCGGCCAUGCUCGCUAUACACCCCGACAAACCAGCCCUGUGGAUCAUGGCAGCCAAGAGUGAGCUGGAGGAUAGAAGCUCCUCUGAAAGUGCCAGACACCUGUUCCUGAGGACUCUGCGCUUCCACCCCGACAACAAGAAAGUCUUCCAGGAGUACUUUCGUAUGGAGCUGCUGCAUUGCGAGAAGCUGAGGAAGCAGAAGAGCGAGCUGGAGAAAGCGGAGAUGGACCUGGGUGAAUAUGAGUUUUCUCCAGAGAUCCUCGCCGGCAAACUGGCUGAUGUUGUGUACAGAGAUGCUACGGCGAAAAUCAAAGAAGCCGAGUUUGUCAUCUCACUUCUGAACAUUGCAGCUAUCUUCGACUUCACCAAAGAACUCCAGGACUUCAUCCUGCAAGACUUACAGACCAACUACACAGCAGACAGCUUGACGUGGGAUUUCAUGGCUAAGAGGGAGCUGGAGGCCCCGGGGGCCGGGGAGGAGCUGCAGACCGCCAAAGGCCGAGCCUCAGACAUCAACCGCAGAGAGGAGCGCUGCUGCCAGGUCUACGAGGAGGGGGUCAAGAGCCUCAGCGCCGAGCCCAUGUGGUCCUGCUACGCGACCUUCUGCUUGGAAAGGCUGAAGAGAAAAACCAACGUCGAAGAGCUGAAAGAAAAGAGGCAGCAGCGGCUACUGGGAGUGCUGCAGCGCGCCCACGACUCCUCACUGCUGAAGGAGGAUUAUUACAAGAACUGGUUGCAGAUCCUGCUCUCCACCGGAGACGCCGAGGGAGCGGCCGGCGUUGCCACGGCGGCCACGCGGCGUUACAGCCAAUCGGCGGCGAUGUGGAGCCUGAGUCUGCGGACGCUGAUGCAGCUGGGGAGUGGAGACGUGGGCGGGCUAUUCCAGGAGGCUCUCGCACACGUCAAUCCCAAGGAGAGUCUGCCGCUCUGGCAGCUGCAGGUCCAGUGGAGCGCGGCCAGCCAGAGUCCAGAGGAGACGGACGCCGUCUUCCAGAGAGGUCUGCUGUCUGCAGUCGCAGCAGUUGCCAUGGCGAUUAAAGAGAGCUACCUGGAUUGGUCGUACUCCACUGGAGGCUACAAGAAAGCGAGGAGGAACUUUACGAGCUUACAAGAAAACCGUCCCUUGUCCAAGGCCUUUUUCACCAGAAUGAUUGAGAUCGAGAAGGAACAAGAGACUCCACGGAUGAGCAGUCUGAGAGACUACUAUGAGAGAGCCCUGCAGGAGUUUGCUACCUCGGAUGACGAUCUGUGGCUGCAGUACAUCCAGGAGGAGCUGGGCCCCCUCGGACAGCCAGAGAACUGCAGCAAGAUCCACUGGAGAGCCAUGAAGUUCCUGGAGGGGCCGAGCGUGGAGAGCUUCACCUCCAAGUACACGCUGAUGCAGACCGGACACUUAUGAGGGGUCCCAAGGGGUUCAGAAACAGACGCCAGCAGUCAACAUCUGGCCCCCCCAGUGCUGUGCCCAUCCACAAAUUGUUUCUUUGCUUUCAACUGGAAAUGCCAGUAUUGCAGUUUCUAACGUUCGCUGUCUAUUAAGAAAAAAAACAAGUGUUUGGGGGGGGUAAAAUGUCCUCGAUUGAGCUGCCUCUGAUAUUUGCAGCUUUUGAGUACUUCUACAGCUGUAAUUCACAACUUUCCAUUUUUUCCCGUGCAGCCGUUGCUGCAUUCGAUACCAGACUGAGGUUGGUCACCCGUAGUGUCGUAAAGGGCGUCCACAUUUAUUUGGCGCUUUGAGAGGACACGUAUUCGGCGCUCUUUUGCCGAUAUUAAAACAAGUCUUUCACUCUGA